AUGGAGGGCCUGCUCAUGGGUCGGCAUCACGACUUCGAAAUGGGGGCGACGGCCGAACCUCGGACGGCAGCGCUGUGCCUCGAUGCAAGAUGCCAACUGCAAGUCGUCAGCCUCGAGCCCGAACACCCACCAUGCCCCGUCCAGUUCGUCGUCGUGGUCGGCAUGAGCGAGGAUGAUGGUUGUGGUGGUGGCAUGUCCAGGCAAGGCAAGCCCACACACGCUUUGUCCAUGUCAAGGGCCGGGGCUACAUUCGUCUCGUGA